AAACACUUGAUUUUGGUAGAUGGUAAUCCUUGCAAUUGUGGGAAUACUAUUGUGAACCAUGCAACCGAGAUGAAACAGUCAGAAUAUAAAUACCCAUGCUUGGGCGACACAUUAGAGCUGUGGGGGAAUUGGGUGAGGUUCGGUUUGUAUACGAAGAUCUGA